AGAUUAGCUGCUGGUUGACUAACACUUGGACAUGGAGGUAAAAAUCUCAAAAGAAAGUGCCUGGAUGAAAUCCGAGAUAGUCCAGGACAGGGUAUCAUGCAGAAGUUACAUUAAAAAAAGAUUCAUACUGCUAAGUGUGUUGGCAUUUGUAUUGUUGGCUGUUGUGAACAUCUUUUAUGUCUCUCAAAUGCCGACUAUGAACCCGAUCGCUCUGUAUAAAAAUUUGGUCAAAAAGAUACAGUCCAAUUAUAUAGAAAUAAAAGCUCCUCUCAAUCUCCAUCAUGACAAGCAAGUUCAACAUACAGCCACCACACAACACACAAGAACCACACAAACUACCACAGUUGCUGUGACAAGUAACACAACCUCAGAACAUUAUCAUGAAGCUUAUCCACACAACUAUCAAUUCAUCCUGGAUGAACCUGAUACAUGUCUCAAGCAGAACCCAUUUCUGGUUUUGAUGGUCCCUGUGGCCCCCCAACAACUGGAGGCUAGGAAAGCCAUCCGGAGCACUUGGGGGACACAGACCAAUGUCCAGGGAAAAUCAGUUAUGACUCUGUUCGUGGUGGGUUUGCCCGGUGGAGCUGAUAGUAAUAAAACACAACAAGAGUUAGAGGAAGAGAGCCGACAACAUGGAGACCUACUGCAAAGCAACUUUAUGGACACGUACAUCAACUUGACCAUCAAGACGAUGGUGAUUAUGGACUGGUUGGCCACACGCUGCCCUCAAGCAUCUUACGGCAUGAAGAUCGAUUCUGACAUGUUUUUAAACCUUGAGAAUUUAAUGACCCUUCUGUUGGACCCCAAAACACCCAAACAGAACUACAUCACAGGCAUGGUGAUGUGGAACCGACCUGUUGUCAGAAGCAAAAACUCAAAAUGGUACGUGCCAGUGGAUCUUUACCCAGAACCAAACUACCCCACAUACUUGCUGGGGAUGGGAUAUGUUUUCUCCAAUGAUCUUCCCCCAAAAUUAGUUGAGGUUUCUAAGGACAUAAAGCCCUUCAACAUCGAAGACGCAUAUGUGGGCGCUUGUAUAAAGCGGUUAGGACUUGAACCCUCAAGUCCCCCAGAUCCUUCUCAAUUCAAAGCCUAUUUGGGCAAAUACCAACGUGAGGAGUGUCUGAGGGUCAUCACAACAAUCCUGAGUUCUCCUAAGCAGUUAAUUGACAUCUGGAAUGAUGUUAAGAGGUCUGUGUGAAAGGAAUCAAGCUUCUGUUUGAAGAGGUCAUUUAAUGCUUGUCUGUACUGUACAUUACUUAAAUUUGUGCGAAGCCUCCAGGGGUAAGUGUUACCACUGGGGUAAGAGAGUUUGUCAUUUUUUCAGAAUAUUUCUGUUUUUUAGUUAC